AUGUCUGCCGUCGCUCGAUCUGUCCGCCCCUUUGCUUCGCGCGUCCUCGCCCAGAAGCCUCUCACCCCAGUCUGCAGGGCAUCGCCCGCUUUCCGCUUUCCGCGGGGAACGAGGAGCUUCUCGCAGAGCCCUUUUGCGCAGGUGAAGAAAUACACCGAGUCGCACGAAUGGAUUGAACUGGCCGACGGCGGCAAGCUUGCCAAGAUCGGUAUCACCGAGUAUGCCGCCAAGUCUCUGGGUGACGUCGUCUACGUCGAGCUCCCGGAACCCGAGCUCGAAGUGACUGCGGGCGAGCCCGUCGGUGCGGUCGAGUCGGUUAAGUCCGCGUCGGACGUGCUCUCGCCGGUAUCUGGGAAGGUCGUUCAGGGCAAUGCUCUCCUGGAGGACCAGGCCAAGACGAUUAACUCCAGCCCCGAGGGCGAGGGCUGGAUCGCGGAGAUCGAGGUCAAUGAUGCUGCCGAGCUCGACGCCUUGCUGGACGAGUCGGCUUACAAGGAGACCAUCGAUGCUUAG